AUGUCUGAAUCCAUUGUUUAUCACUACCUCGACCUGGGGCGUCUUGGUCGAGGCGAGGUAGUCAAGUCAGUCUCCAAAGAAUAUCCUUUGUUUUUGCGAGAUAUCGGCCUCGACUUCGAAACAGUCCGCUAUCCCUACGAUAACACCUGGCCUGCCACCAAGGAGAAACUUCGAAAAGAUGGCCUCUCUCCGACUGGCCUCCUUCCUAUCAUUGAGUACAAGGGAACCAAGUUAUCACAGCACAUACCCAUUUUGCGGUACCUAUCCCGCGAGCAUGGUGGUUACGACGGCGAUACUAGCUACGAAAAGUACGUUGUCGACCGGGUCGCUGAUCUUUACAAUGACUGGAGGACGGCAUGGGUAGCUUCGCUGGGUGGUGCUUCUGACGAUUACAAAAACACAACUGUUCCUCAGUACUAUGCUCUCGUGGGUAAAUACUAUGCCGAGUCUGAAGGUCCCUACCUCCUCGGCGAUAAGAUCAGCUACACCGACUUCGCCGUUUUCCAAAGCAUUGACAACGAGCGUCGCACGAAAACCCUUCCAGACAAUCUGCCAGAGUCUCUGCAGAAGCUGGUGGACGCUAUGAAUGAGCGCCCCAACAUUGCUGCCUUCAUCCAGGAAACUGCUUGA